UAAAGAUGGCGGCCGCAAACCCAGCCUGGUAUCAGCAAGAAGUAUGCAUGCGCAGCGUUGGCAGCACAUGCAGCUUAUCCGGUAACACCCCCAGGUGUCCCCCUGUAUCCUGUCCUCCGGUGAUUCCUGUUCACCCUUUCCCGCUAUGUCGCUUCCUCGGCCUCUGGUCGUGAUUCUCGGGGCCACCGGCAGCGGGAAAUCACGUCUGGCCCUCGAGCUGGGCCGGCGCUUCACCGGGGAGAUCGUCAGCGCCGACUCGAUGCAGGUUUACAAAGGUUUGGACAUCAUCACAAACAAAGUGACGUGUGAGGAGCAGCAACUGUGCACUCAUCACAUGAUCAGCUUCCUGGAUCCCCUCGUCCCCUAUUCUGUUGUGGAUUUCAGGAAUAAGGCAUUGUCUGUAAUUCAAGAUAUUAUUGACAGACAGAAGAUCCCAAUUAUCGUGGGAGGAACCAAUUACUACAUCGAAUCACUGCUUUGGAAAGUACUGGUGGACACAAAGGAAGGGAAGGUUUGUUCUGCUACAGAUGGGGCGGCUGGGAGUGGAACAUCAUCACCCAACAGGAAGCAAGAACUGGAAAAACUCGACUGUCUAGAACUCCACAAACGAUUGGCGGAGGUUGACCCUGAAAUGGCAGAAAAAUUACACCCGCAUGAUAAACGCAAGGUCGCAAGAUUUUCUUUGAGCAGAAGUCUGCAGGUCUAUGAGGAAGUUGGAGUUCCCCACAGCAAACUUCUACAGCAACAGCGCCAAGAGGAAGGGGGAGGACCCCUUGGAGGAGCACUGCGCUUUCAACGGCCCUGCAUAAUGUGGCUGCACGCUGACCUGUCGGUUCUUGAUCAGCGUUUGGAUCGUCGGGUCGAUGACAUGCUCGCUGCAGGCCUUUUGGAAGAACUAAAUGGUUUUCACGCUCUAUACAACCAGCAGAAAAUUGCUGAGAACAGCCAGAAUUAUCAGCAUGGCGUCUUCCAGUCCAUCGGAUUCAAGGAAUUCCAUGAAUAUCUGACCUACAACAGCAGCUGCAGUGAGACUAGGGAAAAUCUGCUGACCCAAGGUGUUGCUGCACUCAAACAAGUCACAAAGCGUUACGCAAGAAAGCAAAACAAAUGGGUCCGCAAUCGUUUCCUGAAAAGGCCAGGAGCUAAUGUUCCUCCAGUGUAUGGUCUGGAUGUGACAGAUAUCAGCCAGUGGGAGGAGACUGUACUGCUACCUGCAAUGCAGAUCCUCGAAAGCUUCUUAAAGGGAGAGGAACCUGCAGUGCUGCCUCUAAUCCUGGAAUAUGACCAAUAUGAGGGGAAGAGGAACCGGCGGGUGUGUGAAUUGUGUGACAAAAUCAUCCUCGGUGACCGGGAAUGGAAGGCUCACCUCAAGUCCAAGAAUCACCAGCACCAUUUGAAGAGAAAGAAAAAGGCUGAGGAAUACUUAAAUACACAAAGCACCCCGGGCACCAGCGAAAACAUUCCACAAGACAUUUAGAAUCUGCCUCAGUGUGCGAUUGUGUCAUAGGAACAUGCCCAGGGAUGUGAUGGGACCUGUGUGGAUGCUACCUACCACUGAGUUAAUGCAGCAAGGCUACUUGAGCUCAAAGCACGUUCCAUGGAGUUAAAAAGCCCUCUAUUGCAGCCUAUAACUCUGUUGCUUGUGUUCUACAUAAAUUGCAUAGGAAUCAAUCAUGGAUACAGUUUCCAAAUCAGGCUGCAGCCAGAGAGCUUGUGUUGGAUUGUUGUUGGUUUCACGAUUUUAUUGAAAGUUGGAGAGACAUGAUUUGGGGUUGACAAAGUCCUGGAGGUUUCAUCAUCUGACAUCCCACUCCAACUACCCCACUUGGUCAAUUAGCGUUCUCUCCCUAUCUCCAACUAACUCAAAGAAAAUUAAAAGAAAAUACUGUUUAUUAAUAUCCCAAUGAUUUUUUUUUCCUGUGUUUGCUCACAGAAAUGGAACUUAAUCUUUAUUUGGCAAUCCUAACCUGAUACCAGAUGGCAGUAACUGAGUAAAUAUGAUGGAAAGUAGAGGAUGUUUAGGGUUCAGUCCUUGAGUGCUGGCAAUAGGCUGCUGCUCUCUCAUCUGUACCUGUGAGGUGAUGUAAACAAAAGGAUCAAGUGGCCAGUUAUUGAUGUGAAAUAUCACAGUCAAAAGGCUGGACGUGAGUGGGCAGAGAUUUCUCCCAAAGCCAGGCCAUAUCACUCUUAAUGUGGGCUUAUGUGAGACACCAUCCUCCUAGAGACAGAGAGAUGAGGGGGCCAGUGACUGACAGCAGAAGCAGGAAACGUCAGUAAGCAGUGCAGUAUUUCUCUUUGUAUCAGAAGAGAGUGGUGGCUUGAACCAAGAGCAGCCUUCCAGUUAAUACUGAUAUGGGGUGAAUUCCAUAAACAAGAGUCUGCAGGCUGUGCAGGCCUAUGGGGCAGUGCCUUGUGAAACCUCUCCAUUGGAUGCUCCUGUUCAAUUUUUAUAACUAGCCUUUUCUGUGUUGUGUUGCACUUUUAAAGAAUAUUUUCUGAAAUCCUAGUGAAGAAGGAAGAUAUUCCAGUCAGACACACUUAAAGCAGUGAAGGGAUUUUUAUACCGAUCUUAAUUUCCACAUUGCUUUUACAUAUCAGUAAAAUUGAAUAUCUGUUUGUUGAA